CAACAUUUCGAUGUCUAUCAAGCACCAUGUGCCUAAAGAACCUUCCUAUAUGCAUCAUCAUCGGUCAACGUGCUUAUAGCUUACACACGACAGGGUUAUACCGCCCCUUACAGGUCGAUAUACCCUUUCGCUGGAUAAUUACAAGACGGGGAUGGGCCAGGUCUUCCGUGAAGAUAUACGACUUGAACAACACAAAAAACAGCAGCCUGAGGAGUUUAAUAUCACGUUUUAUGCAAUAAUAACCUUCCUUUGAUUCAUUGCUAAUGUUCUGAAUAAGGGCGUUGUUUGAAAUGAUGUGUAUGUGGCUCUGGAUGGCAACAUUUACAGGUUUGCGGUAGCAAAACCUGUAUUAUUAUUUCUCUAGACUUUUUUUUUGGGAAAUGAAAGAAAAUGGACAGAUGAACCCGAUAUAAUAAAGUCGGUGUGGUCCAACCAGUGCAAAGUUACAGAGCCCUUGUUAUGGAAAAGCUUGUGUUAGACAAGUAAUGAACAUGACAGCGUCACUGUUAUUUCAGUACCACGGAGAGAUCCACACGCUCCUAUAUCAUAGUCUAUAGGGAUGACCUCGUAUCUGUACUUAUAUCAUAACCAGUGAAAAGUUACAGAGCCCUUAUCAUACAAAAGCUUGCGUUAGACAAGUAAUGAACAUGACAACGUCACUAUUAUUUCAGCAACACGGAGAGAUCCACAUGCUCCUAUAUCAUAGUCUAUAGGGAUGACCUCGUAUCUGUACUUAUACUAUAACCAAUGAAAAGUUACAGAGCCCUUGUAUGGAAAAGCUUGCGUUAGACAAGUAAGGAACAUGGAAAGAUUACGGUUGUUUCAGCACCACGGAGAGAUCCACAUGCUCCUAUAUCGUAGUCUAUAGGGUUGACCCCGUAUGUGUACUUAUACCAUAACCAGUGAAAACUUACAGAGCCCUUAUCAUGGACAAGUAACGAGCAUGAAAACUAAACUGUUAUUUCAGCACCACGGAGAGAUCCACAUGCUCCUAUAUCGUAGUCUACAGGCGUGACCUCUUAAUUGUACUUACACCGUAACCACUGAAACGUUAGAGCCCUUAUCAUUGAAAAGCUUGUAUUAGACAAGUACUGGGUGAUGAGCAUGAGAACUGAACUGUUAUUUCAGCACCACAGAGAGAUCCACACGCUCCUAUAUCAUAGUCUAUAGGAUGACCUCUUAUUUGUACUUAUACCGUAACCAGUGAAAACUUACAGAGCCCUUAUCAUGGAAAAGCUUGCGUUAGACAAGCAAUGAACAUGGAAAGAUCACUGUUAUUUCAGCACCACGGAGAGAGCCACAUGCUCCUAUAUCAUAGUCUAUAGGGAUGACCUUGUAUUUGUACUUAUACCAUCACCAGUGAAAACUUAAGGAGCCCUUGUAUGGAAAGGCCUGCGUUAGACAAGUAAGGAACACGAAAACAUCACAGUUCCAUUUAUGAUGUAGACAAGGCUGUAUAUUCUGUCAUGUUUGCCUCACAACCCACCUGCCAAGGCUUGUUUCAAAGCUUGUUUUAAAGCUCAUGUAUUACUUCACAGUGUGAUUUCACUCUCGUUGCACUUAUUUCGUACCUGUGGGCUGUACAUGGAUGUCUGAGUGGAUGCUUAUCAAACAUUGGCAUCAGUGGGAAUUGAGUUGAAUUUUUUGUUGUGGAUUAGAUACUUCUGGCAUCCUUUGGUCGUAGAGUAGCAUAAGAUCAAGUCAUGUGCUUCGUUAACGAGGGCCUACAUGGGGUUCUUUGAAUAACCUCCCCCACACUUUGACUAACCUUUCUUGCCAUAAUGAACGUGUCUCUUCUAAUCGUACUGAAAACAAAUAUUUAAACCGUCAUUUCGUCGUUAAGAAAUCUAAUCACAGGAACUCCAAACCUACGCACGAGACCGUCGUCGUGCAAUACUAAUAAUAAUGUCAAAAGAGUGGGUAGAUGCUUAACCCCAUUAAGUGUUCUUGGUAAUACGCAAAUCGUUGUUUGAAAGAGUCUGCGUGAACAUAGUUGCUUCAGUAGUGCGUGUAAUGCCAGUGAGUGAGCUGGCGCCUUCUCCGUAAGUCCGGUCGACUCUUCCCGAGAGCAUCACCACAAAUGAGUAAAUUGUACCUCCAUCCGUCAGGAAAGGGCCCUGCCAGACGACACCCACUUCCAUCCUUCUCCACAUGAUUGGUUCAGCUGAUGCCUUCUGGUCCCUUCUUCACGGCUUCGCGAGGCGUGCAGCCCAGAGGUGGUGAGGGGAGAAAACACUUCUUCAUGCUCCACAGAAUGUCAGGAUACUAAGAAGAGAGGUGCUGCCCAUGGAGAAAUCCGCACGUCGUUGCUAAACCUUGAGUUCGAUGAGGACUCCCGGGCGGUGGUCUACAUGUCCACACGGACGGCAUGCGAAGACGUCCGGCUGGUCUUCAACGUGAACGGCGUGAGGUUCGAGGCUUGGAAGAGCGUGCUGGAGCGACAUCCCGAAACUCUCCUGGGCGGAGAGGAGAAGGAAGAGUUUUACAACAUCUUCACAGGGGAGUACAUGUUCGAGGAUCAGGACCCCGACCUGUUUAGAUACAUCCUGAGUUACUACAGGACCGACAAGCUGCACUUCCCGCCUACCGGCUGUGUGCGGAGUUACAACCAGCAGCUGUCCUUCUUCGGCAUCAUGCCGGAGCUGAUCGACGACUGCUGCUACGAACACUGGCGGCAGAAAAACUCCAGAGAGCUGACCCGGUCUAAGCUGAAGAGACCGGGAGAGUUGGCCUUGAACGGCGUGCUGGACAGAACGUGUCGGAUGAAGGUGAACGAUCUGCUGCAGGUUGCUGUCCGGAACCAGACGGCGACGGACGUGCUGAGGUACCUGGGCUGCUACUUCGUGCUGUCGGCGGUCAUCUGUACCAUUUUGGAGUCGCUGCAGGCCACGGAGAACAAACGGUUCCGGGAGAUGUACUCCUGGGUUUUUGACGUGGUUGAUCCGUUCUUCACAGCGAUAUUCUCGGCGGAGUACCUUCUGAGGGUGUUACUGGCACAGAGCUCCCUCCAGUUUGUACGGAGUGUCACCGGGGUCAUUGACCUUUUCGUCAUCCUGUCGUACAUCUUAAAUUUCCUGCGGGGUGUAAACAGCACAGUAAGAUCCAUCCUAUCUCUGACUCGCAUUUUCCGUACCCUCAAGAUUCUGCAGUACGCAAAGGUGUCGCACGGCGUCCGCUGCUUGUACCACACGCUGAGCACCCUUGCCGGAGAGUUGGUGUACCUGAUGUUCGGCAUUGCCCUCGUCAGCGUGACAUUUGCGACUAUAUUUUACUACUUCGAAAAGCAGGUUCCCAACUCGAGCUAUAACAGCAUCCCGUCGUCCUUCUGGUUCACCAUAGUGACGAUGACCACGCUGGGGUACGGGGACCUCAUCCCCAUGACCCCGCAGGGAAAGCUGCUGGCCGGCGUCUGCGCGCUGGCGGGGGUCAUCCUCAUGAGCGUGCCGGUCACCAUCAUCGUCACCACGUUCAACAGGUACUACAGAUCCGCCGCCUGGAAGGGAAACGACGCGGGAGAAGGGGACGAUGAUGAUUCAGCGGAACCUUUCAACGUGUCAAUGCCCAAAAGAAUACCGGAUUCCGCACGCUAAGAUAAGAGAGUCUCUGGGACAGGAGCUGUAUAUCAUAAAACAACUGUAGAACUGAAAGUUAAUCCAUGUUGGUACAGAUUUAUGUUAUAGAAACACGAAUCAACUUUGUUAGAACACAAAAUUAACUCACCCAAAUUUCAAAAACAUGUGCAAAGCAUUUUGUGUUUGUUUGUUUGAUCAUUUCUUUGUUGUUCUGUGUUGGCAAAGUUGAUUCGCUUUUCUAUGAUUGUAAAACUGAACUGUAAAAGGGGAAAGCGUUGUAACGUACGUCCACACACCUGAUCGUCACUGGGUAGCAGAGUGAUGUUGAAGCAGCCUCAGGUCAAUGGGGGCUAGUUUGGGAGUGUUUAAGUUGAAUCAUAUAGAACUGAUCACGUCAUGGCACAUUCGGCAUAAGAUCGGUUGGCGACAGAAAAUGAGGAGAUUUUUGGACAGUCAAAAAGUGUUGUAUAGCUGUCUUGUGACGGAAACGGCUGUCGUUGAUCCUUGUCAUUGGAUGUUUCUUGAACAGUCUCGUUAAAACAAUGAUACAAAAAAGUACGAUGAAUUUGAUCGAACUUAAGAUGAACAAAUCCUCUGGAGAGAAUGUAUCCCCCGUUAGAUUUUGUUGCAUACGGUAUGUGAGUCUCUUUUCUGUGAAAAGAUUCUCUGUAAAAUGCAACAGUUUCACCGUGUAAGAGCCCCAUGAUGAUGAAAGCUCAGUCCAUCAUAGAUCCCCAGAGCCGUUUACAUGAUGAAUGAUAAGGUCGUUCACACCUCCGCGUGUGCAUGGGUGGCGGAAUUGUGGGUAAUAUGUCAAAGGUGAAGGCCCCUGAGACAUGAACAAACCGAGACAAUUAUAGUCGAGACGAGAACUGUUUACAAGUCAGGGGCCUACACCAUUGACAUAUUACAUAUAGCUCUUGUUGCUGCACAUGCGCAGUCAGAAGUGUGAACGAGCUUGUAACAAAGACGACUAACAGUUGUACGAGAUACAAUAGGGCCCAUUUUGAACAGGUUCAAUUACGACAGUAAAUAGUUUCAUCAGAUUAGGAAAUCACUGGGUUUAAGGUUCUUUGUACACAACCAAUAUCAAUAAAGACCAAACCCGACUAGUACUGCCCGUCACAAUAAGCAGUUCAACCAAUGAAAGGAUGGAAGCCAACGAGAGAUUGGUUGCAUGUCCGUCAGAUAUUUGCAAUGUCAUAUAAAGCUAUUUGAUCCUGUGUGUGUUUUUUUCGUAUACGUUUUACAAGACAGUGGUGGGGCUAUGGGAGCUAUCUAUCACCUGCUAACGUUAGCACCAGUCAGUAGUGCCCCGAGGACGAGCGCAGACCUACUGCUGAAUUAACGUUGAACCGCAGUAACGCUGGUUCACCUUUGUCCGCGGGUAACCUAUAUCAGUUGUAUUCAGGA